AUGUCUGCGGCUAAACGAGCGAUUGAUUGCGUCAUGUCUGUAAGGUUGAAAGCAAUUUGUCCCCGGCCAGCAGAUGGAUCCGUGCAGUCGCGCUUAUUAGUGCAUCACACCGAGGACGGCCCGGAAGCAUCUAACGAAAUACCCCUGGUGACAUCUACCGGAGGCAGCAGCGGAGCAUCAGGCGUGACGCAACAGCGAAAUGAUGCCACCGUGACUUCCGGUGGGCGAGGAAAUGAAAGUGAGACGCCAACCGAACGAAUUAAUGCUGUGGCCAAAAUAAAUGAGCCUGGUAGAUCCGGAACGGUGCACGGGAUGAAUAAUGAUCUGCAGCCGUUGCAGGUGGGUGCAACGGGAAGCGGCACUCAUAAAUCAGACCCGGGUCGGGCUGUUGUUGGCGAUAAAAGGAAAUCCUGGCACCAUUCUACCAUAAUUAAUAAUGAAACCACAGAUGAUGAGAACAGUACGUCUUCUUAUGGGGGAAGGGCUGGGUUUGCUACUACUACUGGAGCAACGCCCACGACCACCGCCAUUUCGAAAGUGGCGCUGGAGGGUGCCAAGGUUGACGACCACGACAGGACAAAGGUGGACGGUAAUGUCACCGUAAGGAACGGAUUUGGUCCGUGGAGCAAUUGGACGGCCUGUUCUCGGUCCUGCGGAGGUGGAGUUAAAUCACAACAACGGAAGUGCUGGCGAAGAGAGUACAUCAAUGGGAAGAAAAGCCCCAAACCAGCAGUGGAGAGUCAUGAUUGCAUCGGGAUUGUUAAGCGCUAUCAUUUGUGUAAUGAACAGGACUGCCCAGAUCCAACGGUCGAUUUUCGUGAACAGCAGUGCACUAGUUUCAACAAUCAAACGUUUCAGGACAAGCGAUACAUUUGGGAGGCAUUUAUCAAGGACGAUGCCGAAUGUGAGCUGAACUGUAAACCGAUUGGUAUGCGCUACUUUGCCACACUGAACAAGACCGUUAUCGAUGGUACGCCGUGCAGAAAACCAACCGAGUAUUUCCGGCGCAACAACAGUGGCAGAGGAAUUUGCGUGGAUGGAAUCUGCAAGGCUGUUCACAACAGUGGCGUGAUAUCCGGGACGUUUAUGAAUAAUGGUGCCGUACGGUGUGGCACUUCCGUCUGUCGGCCCGUUUCCGCCAUCUACACCAAGAGCCAGCAGACGAAUGGAUACGUCCUCGUGGCCACCAUCCCGGCGGGUGUGCACAACAUCACCGUGACCGAGCUGCAGAACAGCCAGAACUAUCUUGCUUUGAAAACGGUCGAACAUCAGCGGUUCAUCAUCAACGGUGACUACACCAUAUCGUUGAGCGGGUUUUACCAAGGCGCUGGAACCACUUUCGAAUACCGCCGGGUGGACAGUCUCAACAAUGGGUCCGUCAGUAGUUUCCGCAAAAUCGAGGGCGUCACCGAGUGGAUCACCUCUCCUGGGCCCACCACGGAAGCGAUUGAGCUGUAUGUUCUGUCGCAACAACCGAACCCCGGAAUCAAGUACGAAUAUCUGAUGCCGAUCAAUACGAACCCCAUUCUGGAUUCCGGCGAGGACAACAGAGUUGAUGGUCUUACCAACGAUAUCACCGAGAAGGCCAGCUUCCGAGUGCCGAAGCAACGAAUCAUUUUGAACAAUACGCUGCCGUCGAGUACAACGAAGCCACUUCGCAAACGGAAGUUCCUCUGGAAAGUGAUCGGAUUCGGCGCUUGCAGUAAAUCCUGCGGAGGCGGAGUUCAACAGCCGGUCAUAAAGUGUGUUCGUGAAGCUCCUACUCGAGUGUUCUCUCCCAAGCGCUGCGCUCAUCUUGCGCAACCGGUACUGAACGAUCAUCUACUGCGAUGCAAUACGCAACCUUGUCCGGCUUACUGGAAGCUUUCCGAGUGGAGCGAGUGCAACUGCGAAGAUGUGACCACCGAUGAUGAAGCGUACAAGACUCGCGAAGUCAAAUGCGUUCAGGAGCUGAUAUCCGGUAUCGUCAUUCAGGUGAACAGUGGAGCUUGUAUGGAAGAACAGCCACCGGCGAGUGAGAAAUGCGAGUGCGUAAAGCACCCGAAAUCGCCUGCAAAGGUUAGGAAGCCACCCACCGUUGUCAACCACCACCAUCAUCACCAUAACGGCAACAAUCAUCACAAUGGACAUAACACUCAGAACGACAUGCAAAUUACCAACGGAUACGGCCGUACCAGUUUGGACUCCAGCAGAAUAAGUCAGCAGGUGGAAUCGAAGAAGACCGGCAUUUGGUUGACUGCCGAUUGGAGUCAACGGUGCUCGGCCACGUGCGGCGUUGGACUGCAAACGAGAUCCAUCUUCUGCGAUCGCAGUUCUUCGACCAACUCGGAGCGGUGUGACCUGCGGUUUACCCCGGAUACGACCAGAGAAUGCACCAGCAAUCGAGCGUGCGAAUUUGGUGAAUGGUUUGCCGGACCUUGGGGAUUGUGUUCGGGUGACUGUUUCAACCUGACCAGAUCUCGAACGGUACUGUGCAUUCGCAAUGACAACUUCGCUACCGACUCUGAAUGUGACGACAGCGAACGACCCAUCUCGAUCGAAAACUGCGAUGUGGAAGCGAUUGACGAUUGCAAACCCAGAUGGCACUACUCCGAGUGGAGUGAGUGCACCAAAACUUGCGACGGAGGCAAUCAACGCAGAGUGGUCAAGUGUCUCGAGUUCAACCAGCGCGACAAGAUCAUGCAAGAGUCGGCCAGCUGUCGUUACGCGGACCGCCCGAUGGCGUACCGCGUGUGCAACGAAGAACCCUGCCCCUCGACGUCGACAUCGAGCACUACGGAGGCGUCAUCUAUGGAACCGUACGUGGAACCCCGAGUGGACAUGAUACAGAACGACGGCAGUUGCCGGGACGUAUUUCCGAACUGUAGCUUAGUCAUCAAAGCGAAACUGUGCAGCUAUGCGUACUACAGCCAAGCGUGCUGUCAGACGUGCCGAAAUCGAUCGAACGAGCUGUAUUAGUUGGCAACCUUAGGUAUACCUUCACCGGUGACCGAACAGAGUGAAUACUUAGUGAAUUGUAGCGAUUAGGUUGAGUUUAAGUUAUUUUCUUCGUAGAUGGUAGAAAAUCAUGGUUUCCUAACGAUGCUGCAGAAGAACAAAGCAUUCUAUUCAAAAGUUCGAAACUUUUAAGUUACGUAAAAUCUAUUCAAGUUCUAUUAUACAUUCGAAUCAUAUUAUUUUAUUCUAUUCAGACAUUUCAAAUGAAUGCUUAAAAUGUAGAUAGUAUAUCGUUCCAUGCAAUAAUUCAAUUAUAUUUACCAGUUAUUCAAACUAAAUUAGAAACGAGGUUUCUGCAGAAUCGUUACGGAAACGAAAAUCACCUGUUUCAUGGCAAACGCUAGUAGCAACGUUUGCCGAUCGCAGUAUUUAUACGUUCCGUUGAAAAUUCUUCCAUGAUCUGGAAAAUUGGUCAAAACUGCUCUGAACUACUUUUUGUACAACAAAUCGAAACGUUACAACAAAAGUUUUAUCUUUCGUUGGAGAAAAUAUUUAUCUAUACAUUUAAGCGCUAGACAAAGCUAUAUUUAGGAAUGACUGUGAAGAGUUUAAGCAAAUGAAAAACCCCACGUUUCGAACUCACGUGUUUUGCACUGGUGGAGAGAAAAUUCAAUUCUGCUACGUGUGUUAACCCCACCCCCUUUACUUCUCUCGCCAGGAAACUGUAAACGUAAGGAUUUCCAAAACUGUGGAACUUCGUUCAUAAUUCCCCUGAUCAAAUGGCAAAAGAGGCAGAACAAAAAAAAACCGAACAUUAAUCUCACCGUAGCGUGUAAGUGCCAUUUAAGCAUUAAUGAUCCCUUUUUAAAACUUUCGAAUAGAACACAUUCGAUUCUCCACUUGAUGUACAAUUUCAAGGCAGUCUUAUUGUAGCGUUGUGUUGAGGAGCCAUUAGCUUUUCGCGAGGAGCAUUAACCAUACACUCACAAAGGAGCAUAAUGAUCAAACAAUAUGACACAAAGUAAAAUAUUUUAACGAAGUAUUUUUCCCCUACCGGGGUAGUACUAACAAGUCGUUCUAUUAGACAGAAGGCAUCUAUACGGGCAAACGUGUACCGUUCCGAAGAAUAACAUGGAUAUCCUGUGCCGUUCAAAGAGGACUAUGUUGCUAGCGAUAGAUGUAGAUUGAUCACAUUGUUUUAAUUACAUCUUGAAUCAACA